CUAUACAUUCUUAAAAAGCAUAAAUAAAGCUUUAAGAUAAUAAGAGUAUCCAUAUCCUUUUAGCUUAUGUGAAUAUGCUUAUGUGGUGCAUGGAAGAGUAAAGAUAGACCCCCAAAGGAAGUAUAUAGCACAUGGAAAAGACUACCUUCUCUAAACCUUUUUGAGUAGAAAGUAGAAACUAUACAGAAAAACCAUAAACACAAAUGAGUUCUAGGACAGAAGUUGAUAAACCCCAUGUCCUAUGUAUUCCAUGCCCAGCUCAAAGCCAUAUAAAAGCAAUGCUUAAAUUAGCAAAGCUUCUCCAUUCUAGAGGUUUUCACAUCACUUUUGUCAACACUGAGUACAACCACCAGCGCUUUCUUAAAUCUCUUGGCCCUGACUGCCUCAACGGCUUGCCUGACUUCCGAUUCGAAACCAUUCCGGACGGCCUCCCUCCAUCAGAUGCUGAUGCCACCCAAGAUGUUGUUGCUAUUUGUAAAGCCCUCAAAGAGAACAUGUUGGCUCCGUUCCAUGACCUUCUGAAAAGACUCAAUGAUAAGGAAACCUCCAACAACCCCCCGGUGACAAACAUUGUUGCGGACGGUAUCGCGUUGUUCGCUAUUACGGCUGGAAAGGAACUAGGAAUUCCUGUGGUGCUUCUUUUUCCUAUCUCUGCUUGUUCAUUCAUGGGCUUAAAUCAAUAUCCUAUUGUAGUGGAGAAGUUAGGCCAUCCACCCAAAAAAGACACAGUUAUAGACUGGAUUCCGGGAAUGAAAGAUAUAAGCGUCAUAGAUCUACCAAGCUUUUAUUGGGCGACAAGUCCAGGGGAUGAGAAUUUCCUUUAUAAUGUUUGCUUGGAAUCAACUAUUAGAGCUCAUGAAGCUACAGCAGUUAUAUUCCAUACCUUCUAUGCAUUGGAGAAAGAUGUUUUGGAUGCUCUAUCAACCAUGCUUCCACGCGUGUUUGUGAUUGGCCCUCUCCAACUUCUUCUAAAUGGCAUAAAAGAAGACCCUUUGAAGCUUAAAUACAGCCUCUGGAAGGAAGAAACUGAGUGCCUCCAAUGGCUUGAUAACAAGGCACCAAACUCCGUUUUGUAUGUGAAUUUCGGGAGCACAACGUUGUUGUCGCCACAACAACUUAUGGAGUUUGCUUUUGGAAUUGCAAAUAGCAACCACCCUUUUUUGUGGAUAAUUAGGCCAGACUUGGUUAUUGGUGAGUCAGCCAUUUUACCACUUGAAUUUUUGACUGAAACUAAAGAAAGAAGCCUAAUUGCUAGUUGGUGUCCACAAGAGGAAGUUCUUAAUCACCCUUCAAUUGGAGGGUUCUUAACACAUAGCGGUUGGAAUUCAACCAUUGAGAGUUUGUCUUCCGGUGUUCCAAUGCUGUGUUGGCCAGUCUACGGGGACCAACCAACGAACUGUCAAUAUACUUGCAAGGAAUGGGGGAUCGGAUUGAAGAUUGAUAAUGAAGUGAAGAGAGAAGAAGUAGAAAAGCUUGUUAGAGAGUUAAUGGAAGGAGAAAAAGCUAAGAACAUGAAAAGGAAUGCCAUGGAAUGGAAAAGACAGGCUGAAGAAGCCAAUGCUUCCAAUGGUUCUUCAUCCAAAGACUUUAAUAGUUUGGUGAGGCACUUGCUUUCAUGAAAAUGCUACCUAGCCAUCUCCAAAAGAAAAUAUUAAUAUUAUUCUUGACAUGUUAGUUUCCAUGAUGAUUAUUCUGUUAUAUAAAUCGAAUUUGUUAUUAAUCAUGUAUUUUUUUUUUUUUGUUGGCUGAAUUUGUUAUUGAUCAUGUACCAUUAUAUAUAGAUAUAUAUAUAUAUAUAUAUAUAUAU